AUGAAUUCCAUCCAACGUUAUCUCGCACUGAGGUUUCGCGUUUUAUUCAACGUACGCAAGCAUGGAAGCCCGCAUCUCCCCCCGUUUGUCACACUUUUAUUAGGCUCCCUCCUGUCCUUAAUUCUUACGGGUCUCACUGCCUUUCUCGCCUACCACAGCAGCCCGGCAUACUACGCAACUGGAAGGCAGUCGUCGACACUUGUCUCUCAAACUCGCAAUUACGUCUCUCCAUUCACAGCAGAUAAGCUCAGGAUAAGCCUGGGGGAUACAAGCAAUGAGAAAUUUGUAGAAAACGCCUUGGUCCGCUCGUUCAAUUUUCCGCCCAGCCUUUCUCGAAAGAUCCCCAUUUCACAUCGAUACGCGCUCCUGACAAGAGUACAGAACGCCCAGAACAAACGGCGUGCAGUGCCACUAAGGCUUUUCAUUCUUCACGUCGUCGGCUCAUCAGCAGCGGGACGUCUUGCCGCCAUCGCCUCAGCAAUUACCUACUCAAUGAACACAGGGCGCUUUUUGCUCAUUUUAUGGGAUACCAGUCGUGGGGGAGAAGCCUUUGGAGAAAAUGCUAUCUCCGCACUGCACGCCGCUGAGAAGAAGAACAUCAUGCUUACAAGUGUUGAUUCGCUUCAUCUCAGUCCAAACCUCACCAACUGGAGCGAAUUUCAGAUCAACUACUACACCAAGACUGGAAGCGGUGGCCAUCCCCUGGAUAGUGUGGCCGCCUUGGCGACGAGGCAUAUCUUCUAUCGGUCUCAGCAGAAAGUGGAGGGUCGCUAUGCAUCUAUUUCUCCCGGUGUCAUGAACAUGCCCAAUUUCUUGACACCUGGCUCGACAAUUCAGGCGGCGUGGUACAAUUUUGUCAAAGAAUGGACCUUAUCCAAUCUUGAUAUAGACGAAGUGGCGGACGUACUCAAUCGUGUCUACGGUGUCCCUCUGGUCUUUAUCGAAGGUAUGUCGGAUGAUUCACAGAGAAAACUGCUUCGGGGUCUCAGUCAAUCGACCUCUAAGAGAGCAUUUUUCAUCCACGCACAAUACGGGUUAGGUAAUCGCCUUCGAGCAUUAGGUUCUGCCAUGGCGGUGGCGAGAGUGACUGGACGUGUGCUCGUGUUGAUAUGGGAACCAGACGUGCAUCUGAAUUGUCGCUUCUCUGAUCUCUUUGCUAAUGAUCUUAUCACGAUCGAUAAGUUGAAUAUGAACUGGCCGCCCGGAGAUUCGAAUACAAAAGAUUACGCGAUGCGUACGGUGGACUUUUACAACUUCAUGAGAUUUCAGGGGAAGCAUAUUCACAACCCACUGAAGCAACUUGUGAACCCCCGGACUGGACGUCAUGUUUACGCGAAGACUGCCUACGUUGUGAGGUCAAGCUUUGCACCCAGGAUCAUUUCGACCACAUCUUCGUACUGGCGAGUUAUGAGAGAGCAAUUGAUUCCAACAGCAGAAAUUAUGCAUCUUGUACAUGACCCCUCAUUUAUCAACAUCAAAGGCAUGGUAGGGGUACACAUUCGAUCCCGAACCAUCGACAAGGAUAUCAAGGGAGUGAGCGAGGAAUUUUAUGGAAAUGGGUCUCGGACAACAGAUCAUUGGAGAAGACUGACUGGACUGAAGACGUUCGAGGAUAAGAUCCUCAGGUUGAAUUUACGAUACAAGUUUUAUGUAGCCGCAGACACAAGGGAGGCUAUUACGGCACUGGAAAAAAAAUUCGGCUCACACCGAAUAUUCAGUUUACCUCGGGACCAAGAUUGUGUAACACGCGAUGUGGAAUGUGCCAAACUAGCCUUAGUGGAUAUUCUGCUCUUGUCCAAGACACCAACGCUCCUGGGAAGCAAUUGGAGUUCAUUCACAGAAUGUGCCGUACGGCUGUCAGGUCGGAUGAAAGUGUUGCUAGCCGGGGUUCAUUUCGGACGUUCAAAGAGCAAGUGAAGUUUCGAGAGCACGAAUUUUUGCAUCUCAGAGGAAAAAGAAAGCAUGCUAUUCGCUUACCAGGAAGCCCUGAUUAACUAAUUCGCCAAGGUUCUGUACAGAUGUAACUCCUUGUUUCACUCUCUCGCUCCUACUACUAAUGACCGAUUUUUUCAUAUCACUUUACCGAGGACUACAACUUGCGGAGACGCAAAGACAUGUCAAGAGCGUGCAAAUCGAGCGACACAGAGGCAUAUCUCUAGCCGGUCGAUAGGGACAUUGAGAAGGUCAUCAGAAUCUAGUAGUUGCACAUGUACUCCGAGCCUCCAAUCUUCUCGGCCUUUUUCACCAGCAGAUAUUGCAACCCAUGGCAAACACUUUCUCCUGUCGACUGUUGUGACCAGCUUACACAGCCAGGAGGUGUACUAGUAGAUGUGGCGAAAGUGGCCUAUGUGUGAAUAUUCUGUUCGGUUGUACAACAGAAAAGCGAGAAAAAUUUCCAAAAAAUAA